AUGAGAAAUAAGAGAGCGAGGCGCAACGACGACGAUAGGAGCCGUCCUCGGGACAGAAUCCGUCGCCCUUUGUCUCCAAGACGUGCGCAGUCUCCAAGUUCCUACGACAGGCCACCUCCACGUUCCGAUACCUGGAGACCGAGAGCCGGCGACCAAGAUGAUCGCAGUGGGCAAUAUAGUCAUCGAAACGAUGACUACCGGUCGUUGGAUUCUUACCGGCCGCCGGUGCCCCGUGGAGACUUCACCUUCAGGUUCAACAAACCUGCCGGUAUACCCGACCUCCAGCCCAACGGUCAUCUGAAUGAAAACAGGGCGCCGCGGCGAGAUCGAUUCGGUCCUCCGAGGAAGCCCGGUAGGCGCUGGCAACCGCCGCCUCACCCCUCGGAGCGAGCGCUCAUUUCAGGAGCAAUGCUCAAUCUACCCGAAGAGCGCGUCGACCCAGGAGACGGCGGGGCCAAAUUCCGCGACCUGGACGAGAUUUCAGACGAUGACGAACUGGAAAUGGACAUUUCGUCAGCAUCCGAGUCGGAAGAACCGUCAAGGAAACGCGCGCGCACAAAUAUCACAUGUGAAGAUGCCAACUCGGUUCCCAAAUGGUCUAACCCCGAUCCCUAUUCGGUGAUGCCGUGUCCAGAUGAGUCGCGCAAGAAGCGCGACGUUGUCAAGCUUAUUCGAAAGGCCAGGGUAGAGGCUGCCACCAAGGCAGACGCGUCUACCGAAGCUGAAGACUUUUUAUCGUUUGAUAUUACCGAGGACGAAGAGGAGGAGGAAGGCGAUGACAAUGACGACGACAGGACAGAGAUUUCGCGUCCGCACUCUGAGCCCCAGCGCCCCUUGCCAACAUCCGUCCCGGCUUCAUUUACCCACAAGCACCCAGAUGACAGAAACAAGCGGAACGGCCUCCCAGCCCCAGAUCACUCGGGUCCUCUAGGGUCCCGGAAGCGAACUGCAGACGACGAAAUCAAGCCGCCAGACUAUGGACAGCUCAAGAAAGCUAGUAUGAAGCCUUCAAAAGGUAGCGUUACAUCAACCUGGCUUCCAAAGAAGAACGAGGAUCCGUGCCCGUGGCAAACGCAAGACCAUUCCGCUACACACAACAUGGCGUUUCGGUUACACAAAGAAAUCAUCGACUUCUACGACUAUGUGCGGCCACGCGCAUUUGAACAGAGAAUUCGGGACAAUCUGGUCGAAAAUCUCCGCAAAGCCAUGAGACGAGACGGACGCAACUUUGCCUCGGCACAAGUGCACCCCUUCGGCUCUUUCAUGUCGGGCCUCUAUCUCCCCACAGCGGAUAUGGACCUCGUUGUCUGUUCAGCCAGCUACAUGCGCGGCGGACCGCCGACUUAUCUCGGUGCCAAGAGUUGGUUGUACAAGUUCCAAAAGUUCCUUGUCACGCAGAAGGUCGCAGACAGUGACUCCAUUGAGGUCAUUGCACAUGCCCGAAUACCGCUGGUGAAGUUUGUAGACAAGCUCACAGGACUCAAGGUGGAUGUGUCGUUUGAAAACCUGGGUGGCGUAACCGCCGUGGAUACGUUCCUGUCAUGGAAGAAGCAAUACCCUGCGAUGCCCAUACUCGUCACUGUAAUCAAGCAUUUUUUGCUAAUGCGGGGUCUGAACGAGCCCGUCAACGGAGGGAUAGGCGGCUUUUCAGUCAUUUGCCUGGUCGUGAGCAUGCUGCAGAUGAUGCCUCACGUUCAAAGCAGGAGCCUCGUUCCGGAGCACCAUCUUGGAGAAAUGCUCCUCGAGUUUUUCGAACUCUACGGUCGCCAGUUCCAGUACGAGACGAAUGCGAUAUCACUGACAAGACCAAUCGGGUAUAUUCGAAAGUCCGAGGUUGCGACGUUUACAUACAGGAAUCGAGACCGGCUGUCCAUCAUCGAUCCAAACAACUCCAGCAACGACAUCUCUGGCGGGUCAUCAAAUACAAACUCCAUCAUGGCGCGUUUUGAGGAUGCGUACUAUGCACUGCGGGAUCGAAUGAAGGAAAUCGCCCUCAAUCCCCGAACCGGAGGCAUCCUCGACGCGAUUUUAGAGGGCGACUACUCCUCCUUCCGCCUCCAGCGAGAAUACAUAAGACACGUGCAUGAACAGAAUAUCGGACCUUGUUCUGACUAG